AUGGUAUCCAUGAAAAAAGAACUAACACCUCGAUGGCGAUUAUAUGCUAUUGGUCUACUAUUACUAGGUGCAGUGCUCGCUCUAUUUGGAAUGGUGAUGCAUUUGUUGUUCAUCCCAAUGAUCGUUAAUGAUAAUAUACGAGAAAAUACAAGACUUGUCGAAGGAUCAAGAAUGAUGGAAAGUUGGAUGCAUCCAGAGUAUAAAAUUCUUUUUAAAAUUUAUGUACACUCAAUCAAAAAUCCUGACGAAAUCAUGGAGGGAGCUAUACCGGAGCUGAGCGAGUCUGGUCCGUAUACGUUCAAUAGGUUUAUCACCAACAAGGUUAUUUCCCACAACGAUGGUGUCGUGAAAUUCAAGCGCUAUUCAACUUAUGUCUUCAAUGAGACUGAAUCGUGCCAGACAUGCAUCUUGGGGAACCGGAUAUGGAUCCCGAAUAUGAUCUAUCAGAAAUUCGUGGAAGCAGCGUCUACGACCGGAAUGAGAGCGGCGGCGACAACUCUCUUAUCACAAACGGCGUUUCUUGAAGUGGAAGUCGGCGAGUUUCUAUUCGAAGGCUACAAGGAUCCAUUUCUGGAUAAGGUUUGCGAAAUUCCGUUCAUGAAUUUUGUCUGUGACUCUAUCCUUGAUCUACCGGAACGGAUUGGAAUAUUUUUCGAGUCCAAUAAUACAGCUGACGGUGUAUACGAAAUAAAUGAUGGAGUCGAGAAUCCCGAAGAUCUUGGAAAAAUUGUUUCUUGGAACGGAAAGAAGUCUGUAGAUUAUUCUUGGUGGUCAAGUGCUAACGCUAGAUUGAUCCGUGGCACGGAAGGAAUGUUAUUUCCGCCGUUCUUAAAGAAAUCUGAUAGGAUCUACGUGUUUAUCAGUCAGUUGUGCAGAUCUGUUUGGCUUGAAUUCGAAAAGGAAGUGGAAUGCGAAGGAGUUCCAGCUUAUCGAUUUGUGCUACCUCCAGAAGUCUUCGAUCCUACCAUACCUGAGAAUGAUGGCUACUGUAAUCCCACAGACAAAAAGUUCUUCGCCUCUCAGAAUGAGACCGAUGACUGCUUCCCGGCUGGUUUGCUGGAAGUAAGCAAGUGUCUCCGAAGCCAACCGCCAAUUAUGAUCUCUCUGCCAAAUUUCAAUUACGCCAGCGAUGAAGUGCGGCAGUCGGUCAAAGGACUAAACAGCACGGACCCGGAACGAGACAGUAUUUUUGUCGACAUAGAACCGCGAUUAGGUGCUGUUCUACGCGCUCAACGUCGAUCACAAGUGAACAUUGAAAUGUGGAAGGGAUUGGACCUUGUCUUCCCUGUGAACCUAAACAAAACUCGUUCCUCAUUAAUCCCCGUGUUGACCAUCCACGAAGAUGCAGAAAUCGAUCCCGGAACGCUUGAUCUCAUAAAGAAUCAAUUGAUUCGAACUGAAUGGUGGGCACAUUCGAUCACAACUGCUCUGGCUGGUGCAGGAUUAGCGAUGAUGCUCAUUGCUGUCGUUUAUGCCGUACUUAAGGUUCUUCGACGAUUGCACCGCUACCGGCAUACGAACCUCGCGGAUCGGCAAACGAAAAAACUGUAUACUAAUCGAUACGUUCUGGUGAUUAAGAAAACUCGGUUGUACAGCAGUGAAGCUUUAUCGUUUUGUCAUUGA